GUGGGCAUUGACCACAGCAUCUGGUUUCGGUUAAACACAGUUGGCGCGCGCUCUCUCUCUCUCUCUCUCUCUCUCCAGGAACAAUGGCACUCCUACUGUACAAUCACCACCACCGUCACCUCAUCACACAAGCACCUCACUCUCUACACAGAGCCAAGGCCAACUGCAUGGCCAUAUCUCUCUCUCUCUCCUCCUUCACUCCCCUUCCAAAUUCUCCCUCCUCCCACCGCCUCUCCGCUAUUUCUCCACCGCCACUCACCAAUCCUCUCCAUCUCCCCGCCCCCCGCUCUCGCCUCAUAUGCCAAUCGAACGGCUCAGAUAUGAUGUCACAGCUUGAGCUUGGAAAACCAGAAGAGAAUAGGAAGCCAGAGAAGCAUGUAAAUGGGAUAUUCUGGAUCCUCCUCCUUAACCUUGGAAUUUACGUCGCGGAUCACUUUUUUCAGGUUAGGGGUAUCAAAGCCUUGUAUUUCUACCACAACAGGCCUACAUGGUACCAGUUUGUGACAUCCACAUUCUGUCAUGCUAAUUGGAACCAUCUCUCCAGCAACCUUUUCUUUUUGUAUAUUUUUGGAAAGCUAGUUGAAGAGGAGGAGGGGAGCUUUGCGUUAUGGCUUUCUUACAUCCUAACAGGUGCUGGAGCAAAUCUUGUCUCAUGGUUUGUUCUUCCAACAAAUGCUGUUUCUGUUGGAGCGUCGGGUGCUGUAUUUGGACUAUUUGCAGUUAGUGUCCUUGUGAAGAUGUCCUGGGACUGGAGAAAGAUCCUUGAAGUGCUCAUACUGGGUCAAUUUGUUGUAGAGAAGGUGAUGGAAGCAGCCCAAGCUUCGACAGGGUUGUCAGGCAGUUUUCGCGGAGGCUAUGCCUUACAGAAUGUUAAUCACAUAGCACACCUUUCUGGUGCAUUGAUAGGCGUGCUACUGGUAUGGCUUCUGAGCAGACUUGCGUAUGAACCUUCAGAUCAAGAAAUACCAAGUAGGAGGAAGAAAACAGGCUGAAAUGAAAUUGCCACUUUUGAUUUGAGUUUCCACAAGGAACUAAUUGCAUGGCUAUGAGUUGUUUUAUUUUGGUCUGUGUAAAAGUUGCAUUCUUUCAGUCCAACCUUCUUGCAACAGGAGGGGGCACACCUAAGGCUAUACUAUAUUUCCAAGAAACGUUUUCUUAGAAUGUUCAAUUGGAUGUAAAGCUAAAAAUCCUCAGAAAGAAAAGACAUUUAUGACCAAGGCUUUACUUAAUGGUGAUAAAUUUGUGAAUAUAUGAUUAUUUGUCAAAA